GGCGAACGCGAGUGUGUCGGUGCGGUGGCAAGCGGUUAAAACCUUUCUAUAAAAAUUUCAUAAACGUAUCAGUUGUCUGCGAAGCGGUGCACAAAACGGACGUGUAAACGGAAGCCGCGCCAAAUCGAUUCGGAAAUCGGAAUAGCGCCUGUACACGCACGCAGCACAUAGGAAAUCGAAUCCGAAUCCGAAUCUAAAUCAAAUGCCUUAAUCGAACUCGGCCAAAGCUCGACGACCGCGCUCACAAGUUGUUUCGCUAACGCGCCGACUGAAUAUCCGUUUCCCACUAACUACCGACCCGCUGCACGGUGCGGCGCAAGCGCGGCCUGUUUGUGUUGGUGGCAUACUUCUAACAGCCAGUGUUUCCUUUGUUCAAAAGUGCCCCGAGAAAAGCCCCACUUUAAUAUGGAUAAGUGGCAGCCGGAGCAGCAGUAGCAGCGAAACGAGAAAAGCUGCUAAAUCCACUUACCAAAACGAGGAAGCCAUCAUGACGGCCAUGCCCGUGGUUUGGUGCACCGAUCCCAAUUCGGUGAACAACAAGCCCACAGCCUUCGCCCUGCACGGCAUCCAGCUGCAGGGGAAUGUAACCGAGAAGCAGGUUCACGCCCUCCGUGAGCUGGUAAACGCCGCCGCCGAGGGCCGACUCAUCCUGCCCUCGGACGGCACCUUCACCCUGCUGGACAGUGGUCUCAGUAUAGAGAGCUCAAUCGUGGAACAGGAGUCGAGAAGCUCGAUUGGCCCCGGUGAGCUUGGUCCGCUGGCUCAGCCGAAAACUUCCAAGAACACGUACAUUCUGAUGCCCGUGAGCAAGGCGGAGAGCUCCCGACAGGGAGCGGGAACAUUGCCCGGAGGCGUAGGAGCGUCCGGAGAGGCGAUUGCCGCUGCUGCCGCCCAGCUGGAGUUUCUGCUGGAGCCCAAGUAUUCGCCCACGCCCGAAGCCAAUCCGGAUGCGGAAGCCAGUGCAGAAGUGGCCGAGGGCGGUGCGACGGGAGAGGUUCUGUAUGAGUUCCUAUGCUGUGCCAAGUGCAUGAACGAGCAACGGACCGGACUAUCCUGCGCCGGGCGACGCUUGCAGCGUUACUUGAGGACCUGUAGCGGUGGAAGUGGCAGUGGCAGAAGCAACGACUACGAGCCGGUCAACGACCCCUCUACGUGGCAGCUGCAAGUGGAUCCCGUCAGCAGCAUUGCCAGCAAGUACGCCCGCAGACAGCAGCGUCACAGGCAGCAUGGCACUGUCUCCAUGGGCAUCGCGCGAAAUCGCACCCAUCGUCAUCACAAAUUACCCAUGCACAGUGUUAAGAUCUUUCAUAAUCGCAGCACUUACAUGCCAGCAACUACAGCAAUGACAGCAACUACAGGAGCAAUGGCAAUACCCGGGCCGGUAGCUUGCCUUGUGGGAGGCCGCGAUUCAGCGAUUCCGAGUCCGAGCUCGAAUACGAAUUCCAAGCCCGGCCCAGCGAUUAGAGCGAUCGUCGGCAGUGAAGCGUUUAGUCUGUUACCGACAGCGGCACGAUCCACAUCGCUGACAGAAACAUUGGCACUGUCGAAUCCGACUGCAACUUUGGUGCCCCACUACGCUGUGGUAAACAAAAAUCGCGACAUCGCGAGCGGUGACAAGACUGAGGAGGUAUCUGCGACAACAAUGCUGGCCGUAGUGCCCGAGGAGCCUUCGCAACACCCGGCAGAGGGGCGCGACCUGAUCAGCUUUGACGACGACCAGGCUCAGGUGGGAGUUGAGGUGGGGGCUGUAGGCCAGCAGGCUGGAACUGCUCUGGACCUGCUGUGCGCCCCCAAUGGGGAGGACACUCUAUUGGCCCUGUUGGAGACCCCGCCAGCCACUCCGCCCAAGCCCAGCUCCCCCGGAAGCAACAACUCGAGCCGCAAGACCAGCUUUGAUUCCACCAGCACCCUUAGCUCCAUGGACUCUGGUUUCAUGGAAAUGCAGAUCAAAUUGGAUGCCAUGGCAGCAGCAGCGGCGGUUGCAGCAGCGUCUUCAGGCGAGGCAGCAACAGCGUCGCCAAGCGGCGAUAAAAUCGAGCGACGCAACUACAAGGAGUGCCUCACGCAGUCGCGGAACCGCCGAAAAUCAUAUGAGGAGUUCAAAGCGAUGUUUGUUGAACUCGCUGCGGAAGCAAACAUUCCGGCGUCCAUGCCACCGCCGGUGGCAGCAGCAGCAGCAGCAGCAGAUGACGCAACAACAGCCAGCAACACUGUGAUCCCACUUUCUUCCAUUUCAGAACAAGAAACCCCAGGCAUCCAGGGUGUGAGAGGCAAACCGGAUUGCGCAAACGAGUUUGCCGCCAGUGCCGAUGAAAUGGAUACCGGCGACGGUGACUGCGAUGGUGAAAAAGGCGCUGCCGCCGAAGGCGAUCUAGCAGCAACAACAGCCGCAGCAGCAAGACCUUUAGUCAGCAGCACCACCACAGAGGCGAUGAGAAAGAAUUCGGAUUUUCUAUCGCAGAUUCUCGAUCAUAAAUUUGCUGCCAAGGAGCGAGCCAAGGCCCACAAGCGUCGCACUUCGUACGAGGAAUUCAAGCGUCUGGUUAACGAAAUUGAGCCACUGGAAUGCCCGGACGCCCCACCACUCGCCCCGUCGGUUGUGGUCGAGUCCACGACCGCAACGGCAGCAGCAACGUCGCCAUUAAAGCGCCAGAACUCGCGACAACGUAAAAGCUUCGCCAGCUACUUUCUGCCGCGCCGGCACUCGACCAAAGAACAAAAGACUGACAAGGAGAACUGCUCCCGGGAUAUGAAUGUGCCGACGCACGAGAAGCAGCUGGCGGUCUACAGCAAGCUGCCGCCCAACAGGAGCAACGGCGGUGACAGCUCCGGGUCCCAGUCCCACUACAGGCGCAACUUCAAGAUCUACGACAAGCUGGUGUACGGCACCAUCUAUGAUAUAAUCCAGCGCAAGAACGAUAUCUACCAGAAGUACGAUAAGUACAUGACCUACGGCACCAUCUACGAGAUCCUGCACCGCAAGUCCUCGCAGUGUGGCGACCGCUGGCAGCGCAAGAGCCUCAGCUCGAUUCUGGAGGGCGGGCGAUCCUCGGGGGAUAUCUACGACAUCGUCCAGAAGAGGGAGCGCGAAAAGCUGCGUCAGCAACGCACCCUGGAAUCCCCGGCUACAGUGUCCACGAUCAGUCCCCACAAAUACGGAACGAUCUACGACAUUCUGCAGGGCGAGAAACUAGAUGCAAGUCAUGUCAGUAGGAAGCUAGAUCCCAAGCCCCCAUUGGCUAAACCAACGCGCUUCGUGGUUAGUCAGGUGGAGGAGCCAGUCCAGACGCCCCCGACAGAGCAGCUGGAGUCAUCUGUCCCGGAUCGGUGUGCUGCGAAGCCCAGCAAGCCACACAAAAUGCGCCGUCUUUCCCACAUCCUGAGUUACAGUCGAAACGCUGGCGACGAUCAGCAGGAUGCGGCUGGUAAGGAGGAGGCCAAGCAGAAGCGCGCCGAGGCCAAGAGGCGGAUCGGGGUGACCAACCUGUUGCUGCCACUGGACUCUGAGGAGGUGUACACCCGCAUCAUCGCCCAGCAGCGAAGGCUUGAGAAGGAGCGUGCCCAGGACCCAGAGGCGGAGAGUGGAAGCGAUGCAGAGCCAUGUGCUCGCACCGCGUUGACCAAGUCCAGCUCGCUGGAUGCCAUCUCCUUGUCGGUCGCUAUUUCACCCGCGCCCUCGCCCUCUCCCCCGCGUCCCCGUCGCAGUCUUAAGCAGCACCGCUGCCUCCAGCAGCGCCAGCAAAUGCCCCUGGCCAAGAAGCACUCGCUGGACAACUGCCUCCAAAUGGCAUCGGCGCUCCCCAGCCGGCAGCCACUGCGGCGCUGGUCCAACCAAACACCCCUGAAGUGUACCUGCCAACACACUGGCGAAGAACUUUCGCUGACCGCCAACGAGAAGUCCCGCUCGCUGCCCACCGCCUGCUUCGCUCCCUGCUCUCAAACGUGUACGAACUCAAGUCCAAUCGACCGGAGCGCCGCCACUACAAAGUCCUUCGGAAAAACGUCGUCGACGAUGGCCAAGAAAGGCAAAUCGCGUCGACUUUCAGAAUUUACGCGCGGUGAAUUUUUAAAUGAAAAAUCCUGGUACUUCCGCAAAAUCAAACGUAUUGAGGCUGAGAAAAAACUUCUACUGCCGGAGAACGAGCACGGUGCAUUUUUAAUUCGCGAUUCCGAGAGCCGUCACAACGACUAUUCGCUAUCAGUGCGCGAUGGCGAUACAGUUAAGCACUAUCGCAUCAGACAAUUGGACGAGGGCGGCUUCUUCAUUGCCAGGCGCACGACUUUCAGAACCCUUCAGGAGCUGGUCGAACACUAUUCCAAGGACUCGGAUGGCCUCUGCGUCAACCUCUGCAAGCCGUGUGUCCAGAUCGAGAAGCCUGUUACGGAGGGACUCUCGCACCGCACUCGCGAUCAGUGGGAGAUCGACAGAACAUCCCUAAAGUUUGUGCGGAAGCUGGGCUCUGGACAGUUCGGCGACGUCUGGGAGGGACUAUGGAACAACACGACACCUGUGGCCAUAAAAACUCUGAAAUCUGGCACAAUGGAUCCCAAGGACUUCUUAGCGGAGGCCCAGAUCAUGAAGAAACUGCGCCACACCAAGCUCAUACAGCUGUAUGCGGUAUGCACUGUGGAGGAGCCCAUUUACAUUAUCACCGAGUUGAUGAAGCACGGUUCCCUGCUGGAAUAUCUCCAAGCCAUUGCAGGCAAAGGUCGUAGCCUUAAAAUGCAAACUCUGAUUGAUAUGGCGGCGCAAAUAGCUGCUGGCAUGGCCUACCUGGAGUCCCAAAAUUACAUCCACAGAGAUUUGGCGGCGCGCAACGUGCUUGUUGGUGAUGGCAACAUCGUCAAGAUUGCCGACUUUGGCUUAGCCAGGCUCAUCAAGGAGGACGAGUACGAGGCCCGAGUGGGCGCCCGCUUCCCCAUUAAAUGGACGGCUCCCGAGGCUGCCAACUACAGCAAGUUCUCAAUCAAAUCCGAUGUUUGGAGCUUCGGUAUUCUACUCACAGAAUUGGUCACAUACGGACGCAUACCAUAUCCAGGCAUGACCAACGCCGAGGUCCUUACGCAAGUGGAGCACGGCUACCGUAUGCCGCAACCGCCGAAUUGCGAGCCGCGCCUGUACGAGAUUAUGCUGGAGUGUUGGCACAAGGACCCAAUGCGCAGACCCACGUUUGAGACGCUGCAGUGGAAGCUGGAGGACUUCUACACAUCCGAUCAAAGCGACUACAAGGAGGCGCAGGCCUACUGAUAAAUGCUUCAUGGAGUCACGGACGCGUCCAGCAGCCGUGGCGAGAAGCAAGACAGCUGCAUAUAAACGCCGGGCAUCCCAAAACGGACAAUUCUUUCUAAGUUACUUACUUGAGUUUUGCAUAGAUUUUCUACUGCUGCACACCCAAUGGCCCUCGUUUGGUGCUCUUGGAUGUGCUUGUCUAGGUAACUCCAUAUGAUACGAUUCAUGUUAUUAGCGUUUAAGCUAACAAAUAGUUGCUAAGGUGGAAUGCAAUUUCAAAGGACGUUCCGUUGGGACAUUCGUUUCUGUUGUUUAUUAUGACAAACAUAUUGAUACUUGAUCGAAUUAAUACAUCUGACAUUCCUGUCGUAUUUUUCGAUCAAUAUCACAUGUAUUAUUAUUCAUAUGAAGCAUAUAGCAUACACAUACCCGCAUACACACUUAUAUAUAACUGAAAACACAUAUAUAUAAAUAGAUAUACAACCGUAUAGUCAGAUGUAUGCCGAGGACCCUUCAUUAUUCUUUAUUUUGUAGGCCAAUCUGAGAACAAUAUUUGCAGCAUAUAAAUAUCAACGAAGGAUUCGCUUUUAGUUAAUUCAUUACGUACGUGUCUUACCCUAACUCUCACUCUACAUUAUCAACGACAUUAUAUGCUUUAUCACAAAUAGAAAAAAUAAAAAGCAACAUAAACGCCAAUCAUCAAGUGCUAGCUAUACGCUACUUUGCCGUGCGCAACAGCUAAAAUCCAUAUGAUUAAUUUUCUUAGAAUUUAAUUGUAAUUUGUAACCAUUAAAUAAUAUUCAGCUUAUGAUUAAACACACAUAUACAUAUACGAAAACAUGUACAUUUAGAACCAAGAAAAUAAAUUUCUUCAUAAUUUAUAAAUAUAAAAUCCAAGCCAAUUCUAUGAAGUGAAA